AUGCCCUUUCCAUUUGUGCUUUCCACCACCUCCCACAUCUCCUUUCAAGCCAGCCUUAUCUCAUCCACUCACCCGUCCCUCCCCACCGCAGCGACAUCUCAGCGGGCGGUUCUCCGGUCGGCUUUAAAGGCCCACAAGAGACUGUCAGCAGCAGACCAGGCUACGAACCUGUUGCCUCUUGCCUCUACAGUCCAAAGCUAUAUCCGCUACCUCGUCACCCUCGACGUCGCGCUCUGUGGCAAACCUGUGGCUGGUGAGGACGUUGACAUUGCACUUGCAAAGGAACCUGAGAUUGAAUGGCGACCAACCUUGAGCUUGAACGCCAUUCCAGGCCGCGAGAAUGAGCGGGUCAAGGGCAAGGGACUUGACUACGAGCUCUUCUUCGUGCAUCAUACACUAGCGCUCAUUCAGAAUCUAUUAGCCAGACAAUCUCUCCUUGGGCUCUAUGCUGCGGUGAAUCCGACAUCAGAGCAACGCAUAACACUGAUCCAAAGUGCUUCCAAGUGCCUUAAGACGGCACACGCCAUCCAUUCCUAUCUUCUGCUGAGAGCAAACUCUUCCAACGAUGGUCCCCCCACAUUUCCGCCCGCUGCGGUUGAUGUAUCGGCAAGUGUGCAAUUAGCUUUGCAGCACUUGACCCACGCGGAAUUUAACUUGCUUUGCGUGCUGAAGGAAGAUCCAUACCCUGCACUGCUCAUUCAAUCACGAAACAAAGACGAUAAAGAGUGGAUGAUUAGGGCUCCACAAAUUCAGAAGGUUCGGGGUCAAGUGCUAACUCGACUUUGUAUCGGAGCAGCAGAGCAUGCUUCUGCGGCUGCAGUGGCUCUAAAGGUCGAAACCGCAAAGGCGUCGAAAGAGCUCUUAGAAUACUGUGAUGGCAUUCAUCGAGCCUCGCGGGCAAAAGCAUGCAGAUUCCAGGCACUAGAGGAGGACACACAUGCAGGCCAAACAGGGAAGGCCAUCGCGUGGCUCAGAGCAGCAAUGAAUGAGCUAGGCCUCGAAGUGGGAAAAGAUGGCUCCAAGUCUUCGGGCUUUGCCAAGCUGAAGACGUCCUGGAUCGAAAGACGAGAAGACAAACGGAUCGAAAAGGGUAGCUCAACGUGGGGGAUGGACGGCGGUAAACUCGAAGAAAGUCGGAUCGUCGAAUACCUAGAUCAAAAAUUCAACAAACAGAACGAUACGAUUAACGUCCAGCUGAUACCGGAGUGGAAACCGCUGCUGGUAACACUGCCUAGCGGGAUGAAUAUGCCAAUUGAUGAAAGAUGGAAGCCAGCACCCUUGGAAGAAGAUGAAUUGGCGUCAAUGAGAGCGCCGCCGGAAGAUGACGGACUCGGUGCCGCCAACAGCUCGGAUGAGAAUGAAGAUAGCACAACGGCGCCCGCAGGAGCUUUCCCUGGCACGCAGCAGGACUAUGGUAGUAGGACGAGUUACUAUUAA